UCUGUCCCUAUCCCUUCCCCGCAUACCGUUCAAAUGGCCCAGGUUAUUGUCGUUGGCGGUGGUCUCGCCGGUCUCUCUGCCGCACACACCGUGCUUGAGCGUGGCGGCAAUGUCCUCCUGCUCGACAAGCAACCGUUUAUGGGUGGAAACUCCACUAAGGCUACGUCUGGUAUCAACGGUGCGGGCACGCAAACGCAGCUGGAACAGGGCAUCCCGGACACCGCGAAGAUUUUCUUCGAGGACACCAAGAAGUCGGCUCGUGAGCUCGCUCGCGACGACCUCAUUCGGGUCCUCACCGGGCGCUCCGGUGACGCUGUCAACUGGCUUCAGGAUAAGUUUGGCCUCGAUCUGUCUAAGGUCGCGCGUCUCGGUGGCCACAGUCAGCCGAGGACGCACCGUGGUAAUGCGCAGUUCCCUGGUAUGGUUAUUACAUACGCCCAGAUGGAGCGUCUCGAAGACCUGGCCCAGAGCACGCCUGAUCGCGUCAAAAUCAUCAAGAGGGCGCGCGUCACCAAUCUCAUCAAGGAUGGGUCCGGCGCAGUCAUCGGUGUCGAUUACGAGGUGAAGGGCAAGACCGAGAAGGCCUACGGCCCGGUGGUUCUUGCCACUGGAGGCUACGCCGCGGACUUCACCUCCGACUCCCUUCUGAAGAAGUACCGUCCCGAGUACUACGAACUCCCGACGACGAACGGCGAUCACUGCACUGGUGAUGGCCACAAGCUCGCCAUGGCGGUCGGUGCCAACGCCGUCGACCUCGAGAAGGUGCAGGUGCACCCUACCGGUCUUGUUGACCCCAACGAGCCGGAGGCAAAAGUCAAAUUCCUGGCUGCGGAAGCGCUUCGUGGCGUCGGCGGUCUGCUGCUCGACAACACCGGUAAGCGAUUCGUCGACGAGCUCCAGCACCGUGACUAUGUUACGGGCAAGAUUUGGGAAAAUGGCAAGUACCCCAUUCGCCUCGUUCUUAACGGCAAGGCGUCGAACGAGAUCGAGUGGCACUGCAAGCACUACGUCGGCCGUGGUUUGAUGAAGAAGUUCAACAGCGGUGAGGAGCUUGCUAAGGAGAUCGGCAUCAAGCCGGAGGAGCUCAAAAAGACCUUCGACGAAUAUAACACCGUCGCGAGGACAAAGAAGGAUCCCUUCGGCAAGAAGUUCUUCGCCGAGGGCGAAUGGUCAAUGAACGACUUCUUCAACGUCGCCAUCAUGACUCCCGUUCUUCAUUACACCAUGGGUGGUCUCGAGAUCGACCCAGAAUCCCGGGUGCUCGAUGCGUCGCACAAGCCGAUUCCUGGCCUCUUUGCGGCCGGCGAGGUUGCCGGUGGUGUCCAUGGUGCGAACCGAUUGGGCGGUUCUUCCCUCCUUGGAUGCGUUGUCUUCGGUCGUGUAUCAGGUGACUCCGCAUCCGCAUACCUGCUGCAAGCCACGAGUGCAAUCGCAUCGAAGGCCGCGGACCGCCUUGGGAGCGUCGCGGGUCACCUCGGAGCGCCCAGCAAGGAGGAGCCCGCCACCAAGGCGGCAAAGGAGGAGAAGGCAACGUCGAGCGGCGCGCCGGUGAACAAGGGCAGUGAGUACACUCUGGCCGAUGUUGCGAAGCACAACAAGAAGGACGACAUUUGGGUGGUCGUCAACGGCCAGGUCCUCGACGUUACCAGUUUCCUUCCGGAUCAUCCGGGAGGAGAGAAGGCUAUCCUUUUGUACGCUGGGCGGGACGCCACCGAAGAGUUCAACAUGCUCCACGACGCGAAGGUUAUCCCUCGGUACGCGCCGGACUCCGUUAUUGGCACUCUGAAGAAAUAGGGCUGCACUGCUUGAAUCGUACGAGGCCCGUAUCACUUGGAUGUAUUGUACAUAUCGGUUCUGUGUCGUUACCAUUGCACAUAUGUAUUUCUCUCUCUCCC